CAUUUCUAUUCUGCAGUCACUGUAUCAUGUUAGUCAAUGUUUGGAAGUGUUUGGAAUAUAUAUGGUUAACGAAAUACGUAUAAAUUUAAUUAAGGGGAGUACGUGAGCUUAAAAUUUCCUGUUCUUUUUUGUUUCUCUGUAAUAGGUGUUUAGUUACAGUGAAAUUUAUAAAAGAAGGUCUUUAGAAAACGUUUUUCAAUCAUGACAAACAUGACAGAGGAAAUUCAGAAGAAUCUAAAAACGGAAAUAGACAAAUAUAAACAAGUUCAAAAAGAUUAUUCCAAAGCAAUGAUUCAAAGACAACAGUUGGAUGCACAGUUAAAUGAGAAUAUUGCAGUUAAAAAAGAAUUGGAUCGUAUGAAAGCAGAAGAUGAUGUUUUUAAACUAGUAGGAACUGUUCUGAUUAAACAGGAUUUAGAAGAAGCAAAGCAAAAUGUUGCUAAGCGGAUGGAAUAUAUUUCCUCUGAAUUGAAACGAGUGGAAGAAUUAAUAACUACCUUCGAUAAGAAACAAGAUACGCAUCGUGAAACAUUAGAAAAAUAUCAACACAUGUUUCAACAGGCUCAAUUGAAAGCAUCCCUUUCUCAACCAAAGGCAUAAUUUCACAUAUGAAAUAUAAAGGGUCUACAUAACAAGGUUUUAUAAUCUUCUGUAAUAAAGAUCAUGUAACCUUGAACAUCUUUAAAUCUCAUGUUUUAUUAUAUUUAUUAAUAAAGUCUGAUCAAAGUU